UUCAUUUCUUAUUUCUGAUUCCAGCGAUGGCGGCUGCUGAUCUGAGAGACGAGCUGAGCUGCUCCAUCUGCCUGAGCAUUUAUACUGAUCCGGUAUCCCUGCCCUGUGGCCAUAACUUCUGCCGGGGCUGCAUUGGGGGGGUGCUGAGUAUCCAAGAGGGGUCUGGGCGUUAUUCCUGCCCUGAAUGCAGAGCUGAGUAUCAGGAGCGCCCUGCCCUGUACAGGAACAGAGCUCUGGGGAACAUAGCAGAGAGGUUCCGUCCGACUGAGACAGAGCCGGGGGAGACUGGGAUCUUCUGCACUUACUGUCUCCUCUCUCCUGUACCUGCUGCUAAAUCCUGUCUGCACUGUGAGGCUUCUCUGUGUGAUACCCACCUGAGGGGGCACUGCCAGUCAGCAGAACAUGUACUCACUGAGCCCACCGCUUCCUUUAUGGGGAGAAAAUGUUCUGUACACAAUGAGCCCCUAAAGUAUCACUGCUGUGAGGACUCUGCCUGUAUCUGUGCAUCCUGCUGCCUGGCCGGGGGGCACCGGGGCCACAGGGUAGAGCUGCUGAGUGAGGCCUCUGAGAAGAAGAAAGAGAAACUGAGGAAAGUUCUGGAGAAACUGAGCCCAGAGAGAGAGGAGACUGAGCGAGGAGCCCAGAGGCUGCAGGAGUGCAGGAGAGAAGUGGCAGAAGUGGCAGCUGGUGAGACAGAGAGAGUCACUGCCCUGUUUAGGGGCAUCAGGGAAGAGCUGGAAGCCCUAGAGAAGCGACUCCUGAGUGACAUCUCCAGGCAGAAAGAGGAGCUUUGCCUCCAACUCACUGAGCUGAUCCAACAGCUGGAAAUAAAGAAGGAUGAGCUGUCCAGGAAGAUCCGGCACAUUGAGGAGCUGUGCAACAUGGCAGAUCCACUCACUGUCCUACAGGAACAAUGGGAAUCCUAUGGAGCUGCCGCUUGUGAGGCUGAGGGGGCAGAUACUGAGGGCAGAGAGAAAGACGGUACUGAGGGAGCAGAUACAGAGGGCAGAGAGAGAGAGGAUACUGAGGGGGCAGGUAAUGAGGUUAGAGAGAAAGAGGGUAUAAAGGUCCCGGCUGUAGGGGAUCUGGAUGUGGGUCGGAUCUCAGAGACAUUACUCACAGGCUUAGCUGGGAUUGUGACUGGGGUAGAGGGAAGGAUCCAUUGGCAGGAGGCUACAGAGCUGGUACUGGAUAUAAACACGGCUGGGAAUGAUGUAUCUGUAUCAGGGGAUGGGAAAAUUGCUUCCUACUCACAUACAGACCGGUGUCGCCCACAAACCCCAGAGAGAUUUCAGUAUCCUCAGGCUUUAAGCACCAGGAGUUUCCCCUCAGGGCGACAUUACUGGGAAGUGGAGGUCAGUGAAUCAGGGGACUGGGGGGUAGGGGCGGCCUAUCCCAGUAUAGAGAGGGGAGGGGGUCAGUCCUGCAUUGGGAAUAAUAACAAGUCCUGGGGUUUGUGGAGAUGCAAUAAUAACUAUACAGUGACACAUGACUGGAAAGACACACAGUUACCCCAUGUCCCUUCCUGCAGGAGAAUCAGGAUCUCAUUGGACUAUGAGGCCCGACGUCUGUCUUUUUAUGAGCUGAGUGAGCCAAUCAGGCACUUACACACCUUCACUGCCUCCUUCACUGAGCCCCUUCAUGCCGCAUUCUGGGUAGGGUGGGAUGGUGACUGGGUGAGGAUCAUUAGUUAGGGCCCCGCCCACUGCCCAGCAGAAAGCUGUUAAGACACUCACUUAUGAUGGGUAAGUUCUGUAUAAAGGGACACAUAAAAUCCCCCAGUGCCCCCUAUAA